UGAGUGAGCCAUUCAAAGAGCCAUCCCAAUACAUCAUCGCGGAUGUCACCGUUUCCACAGUUUCAUGUCAGAAUCCCGAGCCACGUCACAUGUCAAAUGUUUAGGAUUUUUUUGUGAUAACAACGUCACGUGGUACAAGUCGGAUCCUCUGCAGUCCGCAUCAGCAAAGUGUCUUGGCAUCGUUUCUCCUUCUUCCCCCGGUGUCCAUUCCACUGUCAUGUGAAAGAGGCGUCCGAUGUGAGUUCCGCCCGGACCGCACCUUCCUCCGUCACAGCCCUUCGAUGUGGAGGACCUACUGUGGUGAAGGUACAGACCUCCUCUCCUCCGUGGAUCCAGAGCGUCCGGCGGGCGGCGGAGGAUGAGCGACCAGGGGAAGGGCUCGGCAUCCACCUCUGCCGCGGCCCCGGCUCCCGGGUCGGACACCUACAAAGGAUGGCUUUUUAAAUGGACCAACUACCUGAAGGGCUACCAGCGGCGGUGGUUUGUCCUGAGCAACGGGCUGCUGUCCUACUACAGGACGCAGGCGGAGAUGGCGCACACGUGCCGCGGGACCAUCAACCUGGCCACGGCGCACAUCGACACGGAGGACGCCUGCAACAUCGUGCUGAGCAGCGGGGGGCGCACGUACCACCUGAAGGCCAGCACGGAGGUGGAGCGCCAGAGAUGGGUCACAGCCCUAGAGCUGGCCAAGGCUAAAGCCAUCCGCAUGAUGAAUGACCAGUCAGAUGAUUCCGGUGAUGAUGAGCCCACAUCGCAGUCGGACCGCAGUGAGAUCCAGGGCACGCUGAAGACGCUGGUCAGCAAGCUGGAUGACCUCAGCACCUGCAACGACCUGAUCGCCAAGCACGGCGCAGCGCUACAGCGAUCGCUCAGCGAGCUCGAGGGACUCCGGGUGCCCGUGGACGGCGGGGAGAAGAUCAAGGCCGUCAACGAGCGCGCCACCCUCUUCCGCAUCACCUCCAAUGCUAUGAUCAACGCAUGCCGAGACUUCCUGGACCUCGCAGAGACUCACAGCCGGCGAUGGCAGCGGGCGCUGCAGUAUGAGCGGGAGCAGCGCAGCCACCUGGAGCAGACCAUAGAGCAGCUGGCCAAGCAGCACAACAGCCUGGAGAGGGCCUGGAGGGAGGCCCCUGCCCACACCGCCAAGGCAGCCAGCGCCCCCACGCCCAGCACGGAGCGGAGCGGGAGGGGUCCGAAGGAGGAGGCCAGUGACGAAGAUGAGGAUACAGAGUUCUUCGAUGCCAUGGAGGAUUCGCCUGCCUUCAUCACAGUGAGGGCCAGCGAGGCGCCACAGCACAGGCGUUCUCAGAGCAGCCUGAGUGCAGCGAGUGGAAGCCAGCCUAACGACUGGAGCCAGGAAGACCAUGGGGGUCCAGGCCCCAGUGAGGCGUCAGGGCGGGACCAGGGGGCGCUGCGGACCAGACGCUCCCACAUCACCCAGAAGCCCAACUACUCCCUGAACCUCUGGAGCAUCAUGAAGAACUGCAUCGGCAAGGAGCUCUCCAAGAUCCCCAUGCCUGUGAACUUCAACGAGCCGCUGUCGAUGCUGCAGCGGUUGACGGAGGACCUGGAGUACCACGAGCUGCUGGACCGCGCCGCGCGCUGCGACUCGUCCCUGGAGCAGAUGUGCCUGGUGGCGGCCUUCUCGGUGUCGUCCUACUCCACCACCGUGCACCGCACCGCCAAGCCCUUCAACCCCCUGCUGGGGGAGACCUACGAGCUGGACCGCUCCGAGGAGUACGGCUACCGCUCGCUGUGUGAGCAGGUGAGCCAUCACCCGCCUGCCGCCGCCCACCACGUGAUCUCCCAGCGGGGCUGGACCCUGUGGCAGGAGAUCACCAUCGCCAGCAAGUUCCGCGGGAAAUACCUCUCCAUCAUGCCCCUCGGCGCCAUCCACCUCCAUUUCCACUCCAGCGGAAACCAUUAUGUGUGGAGGAAGGUGACGUCCACCGUGCACAACAUCAUCGUUGGGAAGCUCUGGAUCGACCAGUCCGGGGACAUUGAGAUAGUUAAUCACAAGACCAAGGAGGUGUGUCAGCUUAAGUUCUCUCCAUACAGCUAUUUCUCCAGGGACGUUCCCCGCAAGGUUACGGGGGUGGUUGCCCAGGGGGACGGCCAGGCCCACUACAUCCUGUCAGGGACGUGGGACGAGAAGAUCGAGAGUGCCAAGAUCGUCCAGAGCAGCCGGAGGGGCAGCAGCACGGAGGGCAAGCAGAAGACCGUGUACCAGACACUGUCCCCCAAGCUGCUGUGGAAGAAGUACCCUCUACCGGAGAACGCGGAGAACAUGUACUUCUUCUCGUCCCUGGCGCUCACACUGAACGAGGCGGAGGAGGCCGUGGGCGCCACGGACAGCCGGCUGCGGCCGGACCAGCGGCUCAUGGAGGAGGGGCGCUGGGACGAGGCCAACUCGGAGAAGCAGCGGCUGGAGGAGAAGCAGAGGGCUGUGAGGAGGAGGAGGGAGGCGGAGGCCACCGACGCCUACGAUGAAGAGUGUGAAUAUGACUCUGGCAAAGAGUUCGAGGGCUACCAGCCACUGUGGUUCCACCAGCGAAGGGACUCCAUCACCGGGGAGACCAACUUUGUGUACAAGGGAGGCUACUGGGAGGCCAAGGAGAGGCAGGACUGGAGCAUGUGUACCGAGAUAUUCUAACCUGAGCUCAGCGGACCAGGAGGAGAGCUCCUGUCAGGAGGAGGAGGGCGGCUCCAGACAGCAGGAACCCUCUGUGUCUCUCUUCUUUUUCUAAAGCAUGAGAAUGUGCGUUGCACCGUCUCAGAAUACAAUUUAUUGUACCUACUAAUGCACAGUAUCAGGCAGUUUGACAGGCCGGUGUUACGAGAAAGGGUCAUUCCUUCAGUACCCCCCCUUAAGGCUUAAGAACACGGUGAAAAGGAUGUUGCAGUCGUAAGGAACCAAACAACAAAACAUCAGGUGCUCCUCACUGCUACCCACAAUGCACUUUGACCCACUGUUCAUUUGAAGCAGUCCUUCUGGUCUGCAGCUCUUUCUCUGAUGGAUGGCCGCCCACACGGACUCAGACGGUAUGGCUCAGUGGAGACACACAGGACGUCCCUGUUUAGUGUUUAAAGGUUUCCCAAAGGAGGUUAAAAAAAAAAAAAAGUGUCUUGAUAUAUUUGAUUUUGAUUUCAUUUAGCACAAAGUAGAUUAUGCUGUGCAUAGAUUACAAAACUUGAA